GAAUGAGUGCAUACAUUGGUCAUCCCCUGAUUGACAAUUCUCUUUUAGCAUCGAUCAAGCACCAGGCAAAGAUGGCAGGUCCAGCUAUCAUUGAUCCAAAACGACACUAUAAUGGUGGGAUGAGCGAUUUAGAACGAAAGAUGGCAAUGAUGCAACAAAUGAUGGGGACGGAAGAUGAUGAUGUGGAGGAGGAAGAAGAAGAAGAUGUCAAAGGAAAGAAUGUUGUAGGUAAUUCUUCACCUAUGGCCAAUUUACCAAUCGAAAUUGUUGAAAAGAUAUUGGAAUUUGCAACCUUACCGGAAUCAUGGCAAAAAUCUCAAGUUAGCAGUACAGAUGCCAUGUUACGUGCUUCUAUUCGAUUAUCGAAUGCAUACAGACUUUGUUUGAUUUGUCGUCAAUUCGAUCAAUUGGUUAGGCCAAAGAUGUACAAAUCCAUUCAUAUUGCACAUAGAAAGAUCAGACCGCUCCUGCGAACGUUGCAAACUUCUGCAAAGCUGGCAAGUUUCAUCAAGGAGGUCACGCUUAGCAGUCAUAUUUGGACUUCGGACGUGAACGAAGAUGUGAUCGCACAAUUGUUUAUUGCCAUACGACCGUAUUGCAUUCGCUUGACAGUAGGAGCGAACGAGAGCGGCUUGCUGCCUUAUCUGUUCUAUGGUGAACCUGAAUCUGAGGAAGAAUCGGAACCAGCCGCAAUUCAAGUGUUGCACAUCACAUGGAGAGAUGAGAUGGACUACGAUCCAAGAAUGAUUCGAGCAGAAGAAAGAGAAGAAGAAGAGAUGCUAGCAGAAACAGGAGAGGCAAGUUCGAUAUCUGCACGACAGAGUCUGUUGUACCUGUUCGAGCACGAUCCACAGCGGAUACUAGAAGCUGGAAAAUUUGAUAAUCGUGCCUUCAGUCAUUUGCAACAUCUCACCUUGAAUGUCUAUUCACAAGCACAGCUUGAUCAACUGUUCACGCAUUCAGGAUACUUUGUGGAGACUAUCUUACCGCUUUUGACCUUUUUGCGAAUCGAAUUACCGCUCAGUACAUUACAAUGCGGAGUUGAGGAUAGCAGAGGAGGAAGAGGCGCAAUCGCACGUCAUUGGCCUACACAACGAUUCUUGUUCCACGGAAGACGAGCCGGUGGCGAUGGUGCAAGUGUUCAGCAAGUGGAAGAAAUCAAAUCCGUCGUAGAAGAAUUUAACAGGAAAUUGGAACGUGAGAAAGACACACUCGUAAUGAAUUCCCAUACCAGCGAAGAAGAAAGGAUCAAAUCAGAAACGAUUGCAUUGAUGCCGUGCGUGAGCGUCUUGCUUCGAUCUCUUUUAACCAGACUAGCACUCAAUGUUCACAGAAACGAUAUGACUCUAUUCUCACUCCUUCUGGAUGGGUCUUACGCUCGAGAAUCGAAUUGGUCUACUCGUUCAACUGUAGCAGCCUCUAUCCUUGCACAAUCUUUACAGAGACAUUUGAGCACUGGCAAAACGGAUUUCGAUCCUUUCGACUCGAGUGAGCACGGGCUGAGAACAGCAACAUCAAUUACACCAAUCACCUUCCCUCUCCAUCAGCUUCGAGGGAAUGGAAUUGACUCAUAUUGGUCAGAGAAUUGGGAGGAAGCCGAACGGGAGUCAAAUAGACAUCUGCCUAUCAUACUAGGAGGCAUGCAAGAGACACAUGAUGUUGACCAAACCAAUCAUAUCACUAAAGAACAAGAAGAUAGAAAUGUGAAAGUGUCGCUCUUACUACGAUGGCCCACAGCACUAGAUGCAUUCUUUCGGUAUGCAGCAAUGGUUUAAUUGUUCAUUUGAUAGAGAAAAACGAAGAGAUGAGACUCAUGUACAACAUUCACUGUAUUACUAGAGGAACACAUAAAAAGAAAUGUACAACAACAACAAACAAAGUGGAAGAAUGCAAUCAAUGCCAAUCUCUUCUAGGUUGCUGGUACUGAUGCUGACGAUUGUGGUAGUUCUGAUUCUCUAAGCUUUGACGUGGUUGGAUGGGUCUUGCAUUGACUUGCCAACGAUCAGCGUUGUAUUCUGCUCGCAUUGGUUGGGCUUGCUGCCAUCGAUUGAAUUGGAGUGGUUGAUUGGAUGUAGCAACACGCAAGACAGGCUGCCAUGAUUGGGCUGUUUGAUGUUCUGGCUGCAUUCU